UUGCUCCUCCUCCCCGUAGAUUUGGUUUCUCCACUGUUUCUGAACUGAAACUGUGUCGCCGCGAAAUUGGAAAUGGCCUUUGGCUUCAUAGACUCCGAUGCUGCAGACGAUCCGCUCUUUCCUUGGCUACUGAAAAUAAGGAAAGCGAUGGAGGAUAUCUACUCCGGUAAUGAUUCCAGUAAAGAUCUGGACGCCUUGCUGUAUGAAUGUAUCUCCACUUUCAAGCACGAUGCUCGCUACCAAAACGACGUCAGAUUCCUUAAGAUCUGGUUCCUCUACCUUGAGGGUAACGAAGAUUUUGAAAGGGUUUACGGUGAAAUUGAAGAAAACAAAAUUUGCAUAGGGCAUUCUUCGCUCUAUGAAUGGUAUGCACUCUUUCUUGAAGUUAAAGGAUUAUGGCAAAGGGCGCAAUCAGUCUACCAGACUGGCUUUUCAAGGAAAGCUGAGCCGCUUGACAGGGUGAAAGAAGCUUAUUCUUUGUUUAUUAAAAGAUUAUCAAAGAGGGCAAAUGCACCUUCCCUUCAAAAGAUCGAUGAUGACAACAACAACGAGGCUAAUGAGCUUGAAACCCGGUUUGUUAAUCCCUGGUCAGCCUCCACGGUGAAAGCUUUGAUACAUAAGAUAAAUCCUCAGCUAGUAAAAUAUACAGGGUACUAUGCAAGCAACAAAGCUUUCCCGGGAAAAGCAAACCUUGCAUCUUUGCAGAAUUCAUCAAGAAAUAAGAUUAUUGAGAUAGGUGGAAGGAAGUACCAGAUCAAGGGCUGUGCUGGUCAAGGUGCAUUUGCUCUAGUGUUCAAAGCAUACGUCAACUCCAAUCCCGAUGAAGUCGUGGCUUUAAAGAUACAAGAACCACCUUUCCCUUGGGAAUUCCACAUGUAUCGUCAACUUGACCGCAGGAUUCCAGAGAAGCGAAGGCCAAGUUUUGGAUUGGCUCGGAGAAUGCAUCUCUAUUCAGACUACAGCAUACUUAUCUGCGAUUAUCUUUCCCAUGGGACACUCCAGGAUGUCAUAAACUCAUAUGUCGUUGUUGGCAAGUCCAUGGAAGAAGUGUUGUGCAUGUAUUACACUGUAGAGAUGCUCUACAUGCUGGAGACUUUGCACAGUGUUGGCAUCAUUCAUGGUGAUUUUAAGCCGGACAAUCUUCUAGUCAGAUAUUCUUCAGACAACCUUACAGAAGAAGGUUUCUGUGAAAGAAGCGGUCCUUGGAGUGAUCAGGGUCUUUGCCUUGUCGACUGGGGUAGAGGCAUAGACUUGAAACUUUUUCCAAGCACCACGGAAUUCACAGGAGAUUGCAGAACCUCUGGUUUUCGUUGUGUGGAGAUGAAGGAGAACAAGCCCUGGAAGUUUCAGGUGGACACCUAUGGACUCUGUGUCAUAGUCCACAUGAUGCUUCACAACAAGUACAUGGAGGUUGAAAAGAGGCCAUCGCCAAAAGGAGGCCACGUUAAUCUGCCAAGUGCAACAUUUCGAAGAUAUUGGAAGGUGGAAAUGUGGAAAGAGCUAUUCACAAAGCUGCUAAACAGCGAGACGAGUGAAGAUGACACAGAGAUGUUGAGGAGCCUUAGAAAAUCGUUCGAAGGCUACAUUUGCUCUGACCCCAAGCUCCUGAAGAAACUAAAGGAGUUACUAGCCAAGCAACGUGUCUCCUUGUGUUCUUCGUAAAUAUGUCUCCUUCCCUCCACUGUCCUUUUACUGAAUUUCUAUGUAAAUUCUGAGUUGGGCAUCUUUGUCUGAACAAAGUUGUAGAAACUGCUGUCUUGUUUUUCAAAUUUGUAUCUCUUUUUCUUUGUUUAGCCAAGGCUGAAACCGUGCUAGCUUGGGUCUAUGUGAGGAGUGGGAACAAAAUUAAUAAUUUUCUAUUAUCAUCUA